UCCAAAGUCCUAGUUCAACAUUCAAACCAUUACACCAUGCUGGGUCUAUUGCAGAAUAUUUAAUCUACAGGGAGAAAACAGAGAAUGGCACUUCUGGGAGGCACCAAGAAGGUGUUAUUCUCAGCUACCAGAAAGCAGGGGAUACCAUGCCUCCAUGGAUGUCCAUCCUUGGCUGGAAUGUCCUCUUUGGAUCCCAAGUUCAAGGGCCAUGGCAUUAAGAAAACCUCCAGUGCUAAUUUUCUUUCUCUUCUCCUCUGUCUGUCUACACAGGAUUAUUUGGACAACUUCUGGCCUGACUUAAAAGCCGCACAUGACCUUUUCGAUUCUAUCCUCCAGUCGCGUCGCGAACGGGAGAACGAAAGUCAAGAGAAUAAAGGGAAGGAGUAUGCUGAGCAUGUUCCUAUAGAAGCCCUGGAAGCCGGGAUCAAAUCAGGAAGAUACAUUCAGGGAGUCCUGAAUGUAAAUAAGCACAGAGCACAAGUAGAAGCAUUUGUCCGACUUCAAGGAGCCAGCAACAAAGAAAAAGAUCUCAAAACUGAUGUCCUCAUUUAUGGCACCAAAGCUCGGAACCGGGCAAUCCACGGUGAUGUUGUUGCUGUUGAAUUACUGCCACGGAGUGAAUGGAAAGGACGGACUGCUGCCCUUUGUGAGAAUGAGGCAGAGGAAAAGACCUCUGGGGAGGCUUGCUGUGAACCAAUGCCCACAGGGAAAGUUGUGGGCAUCUUACAAAAGAACUGGCGUGACUAUGUGGUCACUUUCCCAUCCAAAGAAGAGAACCAGUCACAUGGCAAAAGCACACAGAAAAUCCUUGUCACGCCUUGGGAUUACAGGAUUCCCAAAAUCAGAAUUAGUACCCAGCAAGCAGAUGCCCUACAGGUAGAGAUUUAUUUGGUGUGCAAAAAUCCAACAUCUGCCAGUCUCUUCUUGGUGAUAUGUACAGCCACUGCCUUAGUGUUCUGAUGUACUG